AUGCAUAUCCGGUAUGUUGAGCAAAUUGUAAACACUAAUCCCAUUAAGACAUGUGUUUGGUGUCGUUGCCGCAAUACAUUUAGCUAACUAGCCAGCUGGAAAGCUUAGCUAGCUAACUAGUUAACUUUGUCUGGCUACCAGCUAACUAAAGUUGGCUAGUUCAACUCAAUCAACAUCGUCCCAAUCAACGUGAAGCGUUGAUAUUACUACUGCACAGCAAGUGUGGCUUGUGAUGUAUGGGUAACUUCUUAGGAUAUUGAAUAAGCUAGGCUGGCAUAGUUGUAAAUGUAGUGGCUUAGGUAGCUUAGCUACCCCUAUACACAGCUAGUAGUGACGUCUAGCAUUUAUAGCCAACUAGCUAGCUAGCCAGUUAGGAAGCCUGACAUCCCAGUUUAUAUAAGUGUGUGUUGUCAUUGCUAGCAGAUAUGUUAGGUAGAGUUAGAUUAGUGUCUAACCCACUGCCUCAAUUCAACAUCUCUAACUUUCUGUCCUUAGAACCCUCUUGGCUUGGUUACACAUUAUUCUUGACAGAUAUUGUCUGAUACAAACCCUGUUCUGAGCAAUAUGGAUAAUGUUGCUUUUGCAGAUGUGAUGCUGACCCCUCUGCUUUAGCCAACUAUGUUGUGGCUUUGGUAAAGAAGGACAAACCUGAGAAAGAGCUGAAAGCACUUUGUGCAGAUCAACUGGAUGUCUUCUUACAAAAAGGUAGGCUACACAACUCAUUAAUGUCAUUGUUGUUUUGCAUCACAUAAACUAGUAUUUCCAUUGUGCAAACAUGUAGGGGACUGAAUGAUGAUAGUCUGAAAUAAUUCAAGAGAAAUGUUUAUAAAAGUGUUAUGCCUUGACGCUUUCCCUAUUGCAGAAACCACCGGGUUUGUUGAUAAACUCUUUGAAUGUUUGACCACCAAAAACUACUUGGGUAAUCCACUUGCUAAGGAAGUUCCCAAGGAGGACACCAAACUCCCUGUGCUAAAACAGGAGGCUGUGGAGGUAAGGGCAUUUGUUGUACUGGCUUCAUGCAGAAUCCUCUCCAUUGUAUUAUGUAUGAUGUCGCAGUCUUUAAUGGUUGGCAUAUAGCUCAUUAUUGUUAUUUUCUUAAUCUUAAGGCUGAAAAUGUAGAAGAGGAUAGGGGGGAUAAUAGGAGGAGAAGAAGUCCACUGAGAAACCGCUCUGACUUCAACGAAUCAAGGUAAGGCUGAUAUCUAUGUUUUUGUUAAUUUCCUGGUGCUCUCCAGUGAGUUCACCUCUUGACAGUGUUGAAGCUCUCUGGAGGUCAAGAUGUUGGUUUAAUUAGGCCCUUAUGUCUAACGAUCUUUGACACACAAUGUAGGUCUUGUUGUUGAAAUGCUAGUCACCAUCAAUAGUACAGAUUACCAUUUAAAAGUUCAGUGCUGGAUAAAAAGUGCUGCUAAAUGACCAACCAACAUGCCUUGAUCGCCUGACCACACAGGGGCCGCGAUGACCGCAGACGAGACGACCGCAAGCGGCGUGACAUGGACCGCCACGGUAAAAGCACAGAUUCCCACCGGGAGAGGCAUGACCGGCACGGAGGCAACUCUCGUGGGCGCAGCUACAGUCGCAGCAGGAGCCGCAGCCGAAGUGGGAGCCAUGGCAAGAGCAGGGACAAGGAGCACAACCGAGGGAGAGGUGAGACUCACAGGGGCGCAGACAUGGACAAAUCUGCUUUACUUCAAAUGUUAACCUAAAAGGUUGAAAACAAUUAUUUUCUAAGAAGAGGCAAGAUUAAAGAAAUUAGCCUAUUGAUUGGACUUGUACUGGGGUUAUCGUUAAAUAUCCUCUGUGGUGUGGAUGUCUCAUAAUAGGGAUUAUGUUCAAUUCUGGGCAGUGGUGGGAAAAGUACUAAAUUGUCAUACUUGAGUAAAAGUGAUACCUUAAUAGAAAAUGACUCCAGUAAAAGUGAAAGUCACCCAGUAAAAUCCUACUUGAGUAAGUCUAAAAGUAUCUGGCUUUAAAUGUACAGUGGUGGAAAAAGUACUACAUUGUCAUACUUGAGUAAAAGUAAAUGCUAUACAUUAAAUUCUUUAUAUUAAGCAAACCAGACGACACAAUUUUCUUGUUUCUCAUUUUACGGACAGACAGGCACACUCCAGUAGGGAUUACAACAAGUUAUAUUCAUAGGUGCGUGAAUUGGACCAUAUUGCUGUCCUGCAUGAGCAUUCGAAAUGAUACGAGUAUUUUUGGUUGUCAUGGAAAAUGUAUGGGAGUAAAAAGUACAUAUUUUCUUUAGGAAUGUAGUGGAGUAAAAGUUGUCAAAAAUAUAAUUAGAAGAGUAAAGUACAGAUACCCUCAAAAACGACUUAAGUAGUAUUUCAAAGUAUUUUUUACUUAAGUACUUUACACCACUGGUUCUGGGUUAUGUUAAGUUUACAUUGUGACCUUUGGGUUAAAGCUUUUCUCUAUGUCUGUAUGUUCAACAGAUUACAGGUCAAAGUUUGAAGUGGAGAGGAAGGAGCCUGAGAGUUUCAACUCCACCUCUGGGUCCCUGGGCACCCAACAGCAGCAGCAACACCAGCAUCCUCCGCCUCUCCUGCCAACCCCCCAGCAGCACCCGUUCCCCUCCUCCGCUGGCCAAGCUGUCCCCAGCUCUGUUACCGUGGUAGCGCCUGCUCACCUGCCCGACAGCACCACGGAGAGCUGGUCUAAUUACUAUUCCAAUCACAGGGAGGGCAAGCCGUUCAGCAAGAGCACUUCAGUUAAGCACCGCUGUCGCGACUACGACGGUAAGGGCUCACCUCUGGGUUAUUCUGGGGAAAGACUUAUCAACUGAAAUUGUCUCUUCACUCUGAUCUUAGGUCGAUAUUAUGAAAUGAGAUGUUACCUAUGACUCUUAGCCCUACAGUUUAUCUAGCAACAAUAUCUGGGUUUUAUUUUUGCCUUGAUUUAACCAGGUAAGUCAUUGAGAACCCAUUCUCUUUUCAAUAAUGACCUGUUGUUUAUGUAGCUAAACAUCUCUGUUUUAAUGACUGAAAGACUAACUCAUCCAUAUCCAAAAUAGUUUCUAAUGUAAUGCAUAUACAUGAAAAAACUUGUGAAAGGAUGUUGAAUAUUGAAGCAGGUGGCCUCAGAUGGCCUUCUAAUCAUUGUAUGUGCUAGGUUCCUCAUCUGUAGAGUUAAGCUCUUGUCUACAAUAGUCAAAUUGUACAAAUAUUUACAGUCAUAUCAGCCAAUUGUUUGUUUAUGAAUUAAAUGCAGUAGGUUGGUUGUAAUCUAACCCUCAGUAUGUGUGUGCCUGGUUUAAAGCACCACUAAUGACCCAGGUUGACCAUCCUUCCCCUGAUGGUGCAGAUCAGGCUUAGAGCUGCUUCUCCAAGGGGACACUGUUUAUAUUUAUCCAACAGUCUCAACAGUGCAGCGAUAUUUCACACUCUGCCCCACCUUGAGGGUUCAGAGAAUAGCCUGGAUGUUAUCAGGAGCUCUAAACAAAAAGGUUGCAAAGCAGAUGCAUCUAAUUUUGGGCUGAUAUAAGAAAUGUAAUGACUGGGGGGGGGGGGGGGAAGCAAUUAUUGGAAAUAAUCUUGCUGAGUGCAAUUAUGGUAAGAAUGUAAUUUAUAAUUUUUAAUGCAAUUUUCAUCUAUCUUCCUUUCCGUCUUACACAGAGAAAGGUUUCUGUGUGCGUGGUGAUCUAUGUCCCUUUGACCACGGCAAUGAUCCUCUGAUUGUGGACGACGUCACGCUGCCUGCCAUGAUCCCGUUUCCCCCACCUGGCAUGCCACCACCGGCCCGUAUGGCCAUGCCACCCAUGACCGAGCCGCCCCCUGCCAUCAGGAUGCCCAUGCCCCCCCACGGCCAGCCGCCCCCACCGGGCAUCUUCCCUAUGCCUCCUCCUGGUGAGUAAUGUUACCAUGUCUCUCCUAUGAUGCCCUCUCCAAUUAGGGCAUCACUCCUGACCUCCGAAUGCUUACCAGUCAGUGUUUGACAUAGGCUAAGGCCAAGAGUUUUUCCUGGUCAGGUCACAUGAUUAGGAAAAACCCAGGGCCCUAGCUUUAGCUCCUGGUGUGGUGAGAGUCAUUUUAGGAUGCAUGGGUGUUUGUUUACAUUUUGCCUUGAUUUAACCAGGUAAGUCAUUGAGAAGCCAUUCUCUUUUAUAAUAAUGACCUGUUGUUUAUGUAGCUAAACAUCUCUGUUAUCGACUGGUCGAUCUCCAAGGCGUUCCUCGAUAAAGCCUGGCGUUCCUAUUUUUUUUCCGCUUCAUGCUGUUGGUGCACUUGAUUCAGCAGUCCUAGUGCCGGGAAGGCAAAGUGUUCCCAUUUUGAACCAUUUCAUGGGUUUGAAGGUGGUGGAACUCUGCCUACCCGGCAGGCCCAGAGAGUAAAUCAAGUGCACCUAUAGGCCUUCUGCUGGCCAAUCGGAUAGCUCAGAUCACCGUGUCUGCACAGUUUUCUAGACUGUAAAAAGAAGUCUCAAGCGCACAGCAAAGUUGAUACUGUGAGAUUUUAAAACCAUGACUAGAGAGAGACUCAACGAAUACAGCAAAGCACUGCUGUUUUUAUUAGUAAGUUCAUGUUUAAGUUGUUAUACAGCACUGUCAACACUUCGUUCAACAAUUUUAUAAGCCAUAAAAUGCGCAUUAUCCCUACUUCAACUUGAGUUUUGCCAUCAGCUGGAAGACUGUGUCCCCUUUUGUCAGCGGAGGGAGGGAGCGUGGCGCAACGGUGAGUUGGGUGAGAGGCAGCCUCACUGCUGCUCUCUUCCUCCCCUCAGAUUGACCAUCAGAUGCAGGCCAUCGGUCCAGUAAAAUAAAAAAUGAUUAUGCUCAACAAAUUAUCUAUUAUCAGUGUAAUCAUAAACAGUACCUACAAUUUUGAAAUAGAACAACAUUGGCAGGGCAACUCAAGCAUAGCCACUAUGCAGUGAUAAUGUAUUGGGCAUAUAGCCUACAACAAACCACAUUGCUACAGAACUGUUUUUAAUAGGUUAUUAUUGCGUAGGCUUAUGUUUUUUAAGUCAGGUUUUGAAAGAAUUCUGAGCGGUAGAUCUCGGCUUGCAUUUAGAUUCAAAGUGAUCUUGACUCAGAAAAGGUUGGUGACCACUGGUUUACAUAAUUGAGUAGGAAGCCGUUUCCAUUUGUUCAAGGUAGAGGACUUCAUUCCCACGGUAUGCCUGCGGGUCCCGACAGAGAUCAUUGCAGCGCGGUCUGCAUUUUUCAUGCUGCAGGCGGUCAGACCACUUUGGGAUGAAAAUAUUGUAGUUAUUGGUUGAUACGGCCCAGUAAUACAGAUAGCCUCAUUUAAUGGGCCACGUGAGAAUCUCUGGUAAUUUAACUUAUUUCUUAAGUAAUUUUUGCACAUUUGAUAUUGCCUAUAUGGCACAAAAUGGCUAGGACCAUGGCUGGCACGUGAGCUGCGUCACAUACGCCUAAAAUAAGAUUGCGGUUGGGUUUGGGACCAGUUCUUGCGGUAGCGGGUGGGAGUUGGACAGAAAGCCAGCUGGUGGGGUGGGAUGGGGUAUGAAAAGCUGCAGGUGUGCUGGAUGAAGAGAUCAGUCCCGUGCGGACCUCUAGUUCAAGGCUUGCCUGUUAAAUUGAGAAAUAGCAUGUCAUAAGGACUGUUUGUUGUGUUACAUACAUUGAACAAAAAUAUAAACGCAACAUGUAAUGUGUUGGUCCAAUGUUUCAUGAGCUGAAGUAAAAGAUCCCAGAAAUGUUCCAUAUGCACAAAAAGCUUAUUUCUCUAAAGUUUUGUGCACAAAUUGGUUUACAUCCCUGUUCGUGAGCAUUUCUCAUUUGCCAAGAUAAUCCAUCCAACUGACAGGUGUGGCAUAUUUACAUUUACAUUUUAGUCAUUUAGCAGACGCUCUUAUCCAGAACGACUUACAGUUAGUGAGUGCAUAUGUUUUUUUUCUUUCAUACUGGCCCCCCGUGGGAAUCGAACCCACAACCCUGGCGUUGCUAGCGCCAUGCUCUACCAACUGAGCUACACAGUGCAUAUCAAGAUGCUGAUUAAACAGCAUGAUCAUUACACAGGUGCUCCUUGUGCUGGGGACAAUAUAAGGCCACUCUAAAAUGUGCAGUUUUGUCACACAACACAAUGCCACAGAUGUCUCAAGUUUUGAGGGAGCGUGCAAUUGGCAUGCUGACUGCAGGAAUGUCCACCAGAGCUGUUUUCCAGAGAAUAGAAUGUUCAUUCAAUUGACUGAUUUCCUUAUAUGAACUAUAACUCAGUAAAAUCUUUGAAAUUGUUGCGUCCAGGCUCUGUCGUAGCCGGCCGCGACCGGGAGACCCAUGGGGCGGCGCACAAUUGGCCCAGCGUCGUCCAGGGUAGGGGAGGGAAUGGCCGGCAGGGGAUGUAGCUCAGUUGGUAGAGCAUGGCGUUUGCAACACCAGGGUUGUGGGUUCGAUAAAAUAAUGUAUGUGCUAACUGUAAGUCGCUCUGGAUAAGAGCAUCUGCUAAAUGACUAAAAUGUAAAUGUAAUGUUGCAUUUAUAUUUUUGUUCAGUGUAGAUACACACCUCAGAGAAACGGCUGUCUUUGUUGUUGUCUUACCCCUAUACUGCCUGUCUGUACUUUACCUAGCCUAUUCUGUUUAAGAGUUUAUUAAGUAAAUGGCUUGUGUCUAGUAUUAGCUGGGUUCAGCUUGGAAUUGUAUCUCCCAUAGGGUCCCUAUUAAUACCAGCAAGUGGGAUAGAUACUCCCAACCACUCAGGGACGAGUUCUGCCUCCUCUCUGGGACCGCCUGGAGUGGGACCACCUCCUCUUCCUCCACAACCUCCUCCUCCAUCUUCUUCCGUCUCUCUACACCCCCAAUAUUCUCAGUCAGAAUGUAAGCAGCUGUGAUUUUCUCAAUUGGCAAAGUGGUAUUUUUAAGCAUAACUCCCAAAUUAUUUUACUUUUUGUCAGUUUGUUUUCUUUGACAUACAUUGACUUUCAAAUCCAUGUGAACCAAAUGGUAUUUACAUUUACAUUUACGUCAUUUACCAGACGCUCUUAUCCAGAGCGACUUACAAAUUGGUAUUGUUCAGUUUGGCUGUAGUAAGUGAGGAAAGACAGAGAAAUUAUAUUGGUUUAAAAUGUUUAUGGUCACAUGGUUAAUUCACGUGUUGCGAAUUAUUUCAUUUUUUGAGUGGUGGUGUUAGUUUUGUUUUUGUGUCCUACUGCCUGGCCAGCAUGAUCUAGUCAUUUCUUUAGGGUGCAGUAACAUAUUCUGACCAGAGGGUCACACUAUUUCUGAACUGAACAUCUACUGUUGGUGCGGUAAGGUGCACGUUAGAUAAGUGUUAACUCUAUUUGACUAAUCCUGCCCACGUAAGUGAGGAAAUGAAUUAAAUGCAGUUCAUUUCUCUGCUCUUAAUUAAAAAUACAUACACAGUACCAGUCAAAAGUUUGGACAUACCUACUCAUUCCAGGGUUUUUCUUAAUUUUUUACAAUUUUCUACAUUGUAGAAUAAUAGUGAAGACAUCAAAACUAUGAAAAAACACAUAUGGAAUCAUGUAGUAACCAAAAGUGUUAAACAAAUCAAAAUAUAUUUGAGAUUCUUCAAAGUAGCCACCCUUUGCCUUGAUGACAGCUUUGCACACUCAUGGCAUUCUCAAUGUAGAAAAUAGUAAAAAUAAAGAAAAACCCUUGAAUGAGUAGGUGUGUCCAAACUUUUGACUGGUACUGUAUAUAUUUAUAUAUUUUACUUGCUCUGGGUGUCUCCAUGCUUCAGUUUAGAACAUGCAUUCUUGACAGUCCCAAGCCAUUGCCUAUUCUAUAGCAAAAUCAGACUUUAUAGUUUUGAGCGCAGUAGUAUAACCAUACUUAGUUUUUCCUUCUAGUGUAUCCAACAUAUACAUACAUGCAUAUAUACAUACAGUUAAAGUACGUGUUGUUUUUAUAGAUAUGCCUAUUUGGGAAUUGUCUCACUCUCCACUGUGUGAAAUGCUGUUUUUAGUUCUUCUAAUGAUGUGUCCCAUCCCUUGUGUUGCCAGAUAAUUACGACCCAGAGGGCUACAACCCAGAGUCUCCAGGCAUCACAGCAGCCAGCCGGCCCCAGUACAGGCAGUUCAUCCCCCGCAUCCAGACCCAGAGACCCAACCUGAUUGGCCUCACUUCCGGAGACGGCCAGGGAUCCAGAGGUAUCACAUGUGGGUGUAUCCUGUCCCACUUUAAUGAAUCUAUCCCUUGUACUGAACAGAGUCACUUUAGUUAUUUAUUGGGCUUUUCCUCUGCUCCUAACCAAUACUAAACAUGAGAAGAGUUCCAUAUGGAGAAGUUACAGCUAUUUUAAUGAAUUUGGAGAACAUGAUCAAACAACUCGAACCAGACUAGGAUCUUAGAAAAAAGCCAUGCACAGCUAGAAUCACUUUACAUAUCCUUAUUGUCAUCCAGACACAGCGGUCCAGAUUCUAGCUGUGUCAUUAUGACUGACUGACUUUUUCUCCUUUUCCCAGCAGCUAACAUAGUGAUCCAGACAGAGCCGGCAGUGGCCAGUGUUCCCAGCAGUGUGUCCCGAUACAGCAACACAGAGCAGGAGAGCAGGAAGAGGCCCCUGGGGCCCAUAGAGGGCCCGCUGCCCAAAAAACCCUGGAUGGACAAGUAAGAGAACACACACAGGGGCCAUCCUCCACCACUGCAGAGUUGUGGGUGAUUCCAGUUUAAUGGCAGUUUUUAUUUUAUUUGACGUUCCUCCGUAUGAGUACAAUGAAUGUCCUGAAUUUAGAUGACUUGUUACUUGACCCAAACUCUGCUUCACUUCCCCUAUAGACCACCUCUGACCUCACAGAUCACUGUCAAUGGCUCCUCUGCCCUGUCACUCACGUCUGUGUGUCAUUCUCUUCCAGGUCAAACUACCAGGCCAACAACCAACUCAACUUCCCCAACAACAAGCCCCAACACGGGGGCUUCCCCAAGAAGAAUCACUAUGUCAACACUAGGCUGGAAGUUCGCAAAAUCCCCCGAGAUCUCAACAACAUCACCAAAUUGAAUGAGCACUUUAGCAAGUUUGGUACCAUCGUAAAUAUUCAGGUAAGAGUAACAUGACUGUAGUUGACUAUUUCAUUUGCUUUUUUUAUCGACAGCACUUUUACUCACAAUUCCUUGAUAUAAUUUGUGCCACUAAAAACAGGAACUUUUUAGAUCAAUAAAUGUUAGGGCGUCUACGUACUUUCGAGGGUAAUCAAGGACAAACCUGCUUGCCUUCAUCACUACUACCUUUAUGUCCUCUGACCUGUCUCCUCCCGUCCCGUCUCCAAUAGGUGGUAUUUGGUGGCGACCCAGAGGCAGCUCUGAUCCAGUACACAGCCAACGAGGAGGCACGGCGGGCCAUCUCCAGCACUGAGGCGGUGCUCAACAACCGCUUCAUCCGUGUGUACUGGCACCGUGAGGCCAACACCCAGCAGCAAGGACAGGGCAUGGGUCAGGGGGACGGACCGAGCCAGAGCUCUGCCAUGGGGCAGCAGCAACCCAAGGUGAACAGCGCACUUGUGACUACUGCAAAAACCAUUCAUUCAACCAGCAGUUUUGGUUUUGAACAGAGAAGUUCUAAGUUCCAGGUCAGCAGUGAUCAUCAUUCAUGUUAUUACUUUUAUCUUUCUGUAUAAACCAGCAGGUGAUAAAGCAGCACAGUCCCGGGGCCUAUGUGCUGAAUAAUAAGAUGGUGCCCAAACAUUGCCAAGGUGUUGGGGCUGUGGCCGGGGGCAAACUGGCCGCCCUGCACCCCAGCGCAGACCCUGCAGUGGUAAGCAGUCAGAUCUUAUGCUCUGUGGGUCUGAGUCUGCCCCUAUGCAGGUCUACAGCAUGGUGUUGUAUGACGGUAAAGAAAGUGGAUUGACACGGGGGGUAAGGUAGUAAUCAAAAGGUCUGUUUGUCUCUUUCUCUCCUAGGCACUCCUCUCCUCCUCUGGGGCCCUUCAGAAGGGACCCUACAUGUCCACAGUCCUCAAGGCAACGUCCAAGUCACUUGGUAAAACUGCCAAAGCACUUGAAGCACUGGAGGUCUUGAAAAAGAAGCAGGCAAGUCAUUUCUGCCGUCAGCAUUUUGAAUAACCUUCAGUGUUUCAUCACCUUUGAUACAAAGAUCAAAAUUCCACUCUAUUCAAUUGUGUGGUUUGUUCUUGGUUCAGGAGACAUUGAAGUUGCAACAGGACAUGAGGAAAAAGAAGCAGGAGAUGCUUGAGAAGCAGAUUGAAUGCCAGAAGGUAAGAUGGUUGCUUAUAUUACAUAUAUACUGAACAAAAAUAUAAGCCCAACAUGUAAAGUGUUGGUCCCAUUGUUCAUGAGCUGAAAUAAAAUAUCCCAGAAAUGUUCCGUAUGCACAAAAAGCGUAUUUAUCUAAAAUGUUGUGCACAAAUCUGUUUACAUACCUGUUAGUGAGCAUUUCUCCUUUGCCAAGAUAAUCCAUCCACCUGACAGGUGUGGCAUAUCAAGAAGCUGAUUAAACAGCAUGAUCAUUACACAGGUGCACCUUGUGCUGGGGACAAUAAAAAGCCAUUCUAAAAUGUGCAGUUUUGUCACACAAAACAAUGCCACAUAUGUCUGAAGUUUUGAGGGAGCGUGCAACUGUUGUCAGAUAAUGUAAUGUUCACUUCUCUACCAUAAGCCGCCUCCAACGUCGUUUUAGAGAAUUUGGUAAUACGUCCAACCGGUCUCACAACCACAGACCACGUGUAACCACGCCAACCCAUGACCUCCACAUCCUGCUUCUUCACCUGCGGGAUCGUCUGAGACCAGCCACCCAUACAGCUGAUGAAACUGGGUUUCCACAACCAAAUAAUUUCUGCACGAACUGUCAGAAACCGUCUCAGGGAGGCUCAUCUGCGUGCUCGUAUUCGUCACGGGGUCUUGACCUGACUGCAGUUCGCCGUUGUAACCGACGUCAGUGGCCAAAUGCUCACCUUCGAUGGCCACUGGCACACUGGAGAAGUGUGCUCUUCACGGAUGAAUUCCGGUUUCAACUGUACCAGGCAGAUGGCAGACCAUGUUGUUGUGUGGGCGAGCGGUUUGCUGAUGUCAACGUUAUGAACAGAGUGCCCCAUGGUGGGGUUAUGGUAUGGGCAGGCAUAAGCUACGGACAAUGAAUACAAUAGCAUUUUAUCGUUGGCAAUUUGAAUGAUGAGAUCCUGAGGCCCAUUGUGCCAUUUAUUCGCUGCCAUCGCCUCAUGUUUCAGCAUGAUAUUGCACGGCCCCAUUUCGCAAGGACCUGUACACCCAUUGAGCACGUUUGGGAUGCUCUGGAUCGACGUGUACGAUGGCGUGUUCCAGUUCUUGCCAAUAUUCAGCAACUUCGCACAGCCAUUGAAGAGGAGUGGGACAACAUUCCACAGGCCACAAUCAACAGCCUGAUCAACUCUAUGCAAAGAUGUAUCGCGCUGCAUGAGGCAAAUGGUGGUCACACCAGAUACUGACUGGUUUUCUGAUCCAAGCCCUUACCUUUUUUUCUUAAGGUAUCUGUGACCAACAGAUGCAUAUCUGUAUUCCCAGUCAUGUGAAAUCCAUAGAUUAGGGCCUAAUUAAUUUAUUUAAAUUGACUGAUUUUCCUUAUAACUGGUUAAUCUUUGAAAUUGUUGCAUGUUCCGUUGAUAUGAUAUUUUUGAUCAGUGUAGUUAAUAAUUUAAAGGAUACCACCACCACCUUCCAUUUUAGAUUUGUACAUGAGCCACAUGCAGUGAUCAUCAUCACGUUGUCCAUUCACUAUCAAAACCAAGGACACCAGUAAGACCAAAAGAGCCUGUGUGUUGUGCUGAAUACCCUGCUUGUCUAGCACUGAUUAGUCAAUCUCAUGGCGUUCCUCCUAUAGGCUCUAAUCAAGAGACUUGAAAAGAACCGGGCCACAUUGAAGCCAGAGGAGAGGGCCAACCUUAUGAAGACUCUAAAGGAUCUGACUGACAAGAUCUCCCAGCUCCAGAACGAGAUGAACCCAGCUUCCCACUCAACAGCCCAGUCCAAGACCAAGAUAGAUGUGAGUCUACAUGUUUCAGCAUGAUAUAUAUCCAUAUAUACAGAUACAGUGGGGAAAAAAAUUAUUUAGUCAGCCACCAAUUGUGCAAGUUCUCCCACUUAAAAAGAUGAGAGGCCUGUAAUUUUCAUCAUAGGUACACGUCAACUAUGACAGACAAAAUGAGAAAAAGAAAUCCAGAAAAUCACAUUGUAGGAUUUUUUAUGAAUUUAUUUGCAAAUUAUGGUGGAAAAUAAGUAUUUGGUCAAUAACAAAAGUUUCUCAAUACUUUGUUAUAUACCCUUUGUUGGCAAUGACACAGGUCAAACGUUUUCUGUAAGUCUUCACAAGGUUUUCACACACUUGCUGGUAUUUUGGCCCAUUCCUCCAUGCAGAUCUCCUCUAGAGCAGUGAAGUUUUGGAGCUGUCGCUGGGCAACACGGACUUUCAACUCCCGCCAAAGAUUUUAUAUGUGGUUGAGAUCUGGAGACUGGCUAGGCCACUCCAGGACCUUGAAAUGCUUCUUACGAAGCCACUCCUUCGUUGCCCGGGCAGUGUGUUUGGGAUCAUUGUCAUGCUGAAAGACCCAGCCACGUUUCAUCUUCAAUGCCCUUGCUGAUGGAAGGAGGUUUUCACUCAAAAUCUCACGAUACAUGGCCCCAUUCAUUCUUUCCUUUACACGGAUCAGUCGUCCUGGUCCCUUUGCAGAAAAACAGCCCCAAAGCAUGAUGUUUCCACCCCCAUGCUUCACAGUAGGUAUGGUGUUCUUUGGAUGCAACUCAGCAUUCUUUGUCCUCCAAAAACGACGAGUUUAGUUUUUACCAAAAAGUUCUAUUUUGGUUUCAUCUGACCAUAUGACAUUCUCCCAAUCCUCUUCUGGAUCAUCCAAAUGCACUCUAGCAAACUUCAGUCGGGCCUGGACAUGUACUGGCUUAAGCUGGGGGACACGUCUUGCACUGCAGGAUUUGAGUCCCUGGCGGCGUAGUGUGUUACUGAUGGUAGGCUUUGUUACUUUGGUCCCAGCUCUCUGCAGGUCAUUCACUAGGUCCCCCCGUGUGGUUCUGGGAUUUUUGCUCACCGUUCUUGUGAUCAUUUUGACCCCACGGGGUGAGAUCUUGCGUGGAGCCCCAGAUCGAGAGAGAUUAUCAGUGGUCUUGUAUGUCUUCCAUUUCCUAAUAAUUGCUCCCACAGUUGAUUUCUUCAAACCAAGCUGCUUACCUAUUGCAGAUUCAGUCUUCCCAGCCUGGUGCAGGUCUACAAUUUUGUUUCUGGUGUCCUUUGACAGCUCUUUGGUCUUGGCCAUAGUGGAAUUUGGAGUGUGACUGUUUGACGUUGUGGACAGGUGUCUUUUAUACUGAUAACAAGUUCAAACAGGUGCCAUUAAUACAGGUAACGAGUGGAGGACAGAGGAGCCUCUUAAAGAAGAAGUUACAGGUCUGUGAGAGCCAGAAAUCUUGCUUGUUUGUAGGUGACCAAAUACUUAUUUUCCACCAUAAUUUGCAAAUAAAUGCAUUAAAAAUCCUACAAUGUGAUUUUCUGGAGAAAAAAAUCUCAAUCUGUCUGUCAUAGUUGACGUGUACCUAUGAUGAAAAUUACAGGCCUCUCUCAUCUUUUUAAGUGGGAUAACUUGCACAAUUGGUGGCUGACUAAAUACUUUUUUUCCCCACUGUAUGUCCAUAUCAUAUGGGGCUGUAUUACUUUAUUGCGCCAUCACCGCCAUAUACAGUAUUUGCUUAGACAAUGUAGUGCAAGCAUUGUGGAAAUCCAAACGUAAUAUCAAUGGCUCUGUUUGAUUUGUGCUUUCCCUCAGAAACAAAAGGAGCUUCUGGAUGCAGAGCUUGAUUUCCACAAGAAAAUGAGUUCUGGAGAGGACACGACAGACCUGAAGCAGAAACUGGGUCAGCUGCAGGUUGAGGUGGGUAGACAGGGCAUCCAUACUUUCGGAAGUCCUCUCUCUAGCACUAAUGACCAUGUCUGGAAUGUGGCAGUGUUCUGGCAUACUGAAAUACUAGUGGCAGACUAGACAACUCCAAAAAAUUUGCAACCUUUUAGAAGAAUGGUCUGAAGCGAGCAACAGGGCAUCACCUUGGAUGUGAACGUAUGCCUUGCCCCACAGCUACUCUCUUGUCUGCUGCUAGUCACAUACAGUGCCUUUGGAAAGUAUUCAGACCCCUUGACUUUUUCCACAUUUUGUUAGGUUACAGCCUUAUUCUAAAAUUGAUUGAAUUGCGUUUUUUCCCCCCCUCAUCAAUCUACACACAAUACCCCAUAAUGACAAAGCAAAUACAGGUUUUUAGACAUUUUUUGCUAAUUUAUUAAAAAUAAAAAACAGAUCACAUUUACAUAAGUAUUCAGACCCUUUACUCAGUACUUUGUUGAAGCACCUUUAGCGGCAAUUACAGCCUCAAGUCUUCUUGGGUAUGACGCUACAAGCUUGGCACACCUGUAUUUGGGUAGUUUCUCCCAUUCUUCUCUGCACUUCCUCUCAAGCUCUGUCAGGUUGGAUGGGGACCGUUGCUGCACAGCUAUUUUCAGGUCUCUCCAGAGAUGUUCGAUCAGGUUCAAGUCCGGGCUCUGGCUGGGCCACUCAAGGACAUUCAGAGACUUGUCCCGAAGCCACUCCUGCGUUGUCUUGGUUGUGUGCUUAGGGUUGUUGUCCUGUUGGAAGGUGAACCUUCGCCCCAGUCUGAGGUCCUGAGCGCACUGGAGCAGGUUUUCAUCAAGGAUCUCUCUGUACUUUUCUCUGUUCAUCAAAUAAAAUGUUGUUGGUCACAUACACAUAUUUAGCAGAUGUUGUUGCGGGUGUAGCGAAAUACUUUGCCUCGAUCCUGACUAGUCUCCCAGUCACUGCCGCUGAAAAACAACCCCACAGCAUGAUGCUGCCACCACCAUGCUUCACCGUAGGGAUGGUGCCAGGUUUCCUCCAGACGUGACGCUUGGCAUUCAGGCCAAAGAGUUGAAUCUUGGUUUCAUCAGACCAGAAAAUCUUGUGGUGGUCUGAGAGUCUUUGGAUACCUUUUGGCGAACUCCAAGCAGGCUGUCAUGUGCCUUUUACUGAGGAGUGGCUUCCAUCUGGCCACUACCAUAAAGGCCUCAUCGAUGGAGUGCUGCAGAGAUGGUUGUCCUUCUGGAAGGUUCUCCCAUCUCCACAGAGGAACUCUAGAGCUGUGUCAGAGUGACCAUCAGGUUCUUGGUCACCUCCCUGACCAAGGCACUUCUCCCCCGAUUGCGCAGUUUGGUCUAAGAAGAGUCUUGUGGUUCCAAACUUAUUCCAUUUAAGAAUGAUGGAGGUCACUGUGUUCUUGGGGACCUUCAAUGCUGCAGAAAUGUUUUGGUACCCUUUCCCAGAUCUGUGCCUCGACACAAUCCUGUCUCGGAGCUCUACGGAAAAUUCCUUUGACCUCAUGGCUUGAAUUUACCACAGGUGGACUCCAAUCAAGUUGUAGAAAAAUCUCAAGGAUGAUCAAUGGAAACAGGAUGCACCUGAUCUCAGUUUCGAGUCUCAUAGCAAAGGGUCUGAAUACUUACAAAACAAAUACCUUAUUUACAUAUGUUUAAUAAAUGUGCAAAAAUUUCGAAAAACCUGUUUUCGCUUUGUCAUUAUUGGGUAUCGUGUGUAGAUUUCUGGGGAAGGAGGAGGGCUGGGGAAGGAGGAGGGCUGGGGAAGGAGGAGUGUUGUCGCUCUGCUCCAUUUUUACAUUUCAGUCAUUUAGCAGACUCUUAUCCAGAGCCACUUACAGGAGCAAUUAGGGUUAAGUGCCUUGCUCAAGGAUACAGACUUUUCACCUAGUCAGCUCGGGGAUUCGAACUAGCGACCUUUUGUUUACUGGCCCAAUGCCCUUAACCACUAUGCUACCUGCCGACCCAAGCCAUCAGGGCCACCACAAUCAGCCUGCUGGGCCAUAUUCCCUUGGAGUCAUUAAAGAUGGAUACAUUUUACAUUUUAGUCAUUUACAAGACACUCUUAUCCAGAGCGACUUACAGUUAGCGAGUGAAUACAUUUUCACCAGACCUGUGGGGACACUUGUUCUGAGUGGCACAACAUUUUCUUCCUAGAUACUGACGCUGCGUGGCACUGUUUGGUGAGGACAUGCCAGGUGGCACAGCCGGCUUUCUUGGUUCCGCAUCUGGCUCUGUGGUAGUCUCCUACUAGUGCUAAGUGAUACCUCGUGUUGUGUGUUGUUGAGGAAUGGACAGUAGCUGUGGAUCUGAUGACCUUGUUGGCUGUGUUUUCCUAGGCCAUUCGGUUGGGCUUGAUACCGACCGGGCGGGGGAAGGUGGACGAUCCAGUAGGCGUCAGGGGCAGGGGCCGAGGAAGGGGCAGGGGACGGGGACGCAGAGGAGGGGGCAAUCUCAUGGUGGUGGACCACAGGCCCCGGGCCAUCGCCAUCAUGGGAGUCACACAGGAAGAGAAGGAGGAGCUGAUGCCUCACUUUGUGGUAAGGAAAUACAACCAUAACAUCUUAUCAUAUCCUAUCCAGCUAGUUGCAUGGUUUCCCCAAAACUGCUUAUUUUAACAUUGAAAAGUCAGAGCUAGAACUCAUCCAGUGGGACAAAGUAUGAAUUGUUAUAGUAGUAAAAACAAUGCUUCCACCUGAGAAGAUGUGUAAAGGAGUUUCCACUGGCACUUACGGCUGUUUGGUAUUCUUGUCUUUGUCACAGAAAUUUGGUGAGAUAGAGGAGCUCCAUGAUCAGGAUGCUACCAGCGUUGUCAUGACGUUCAAGACCCGGAGUGAAGCUGAGAAUGUAUGUCCUGCAGAUAUGACACGCACAGCAGCUAGUAACAUUUUGAUGCCUUUAGAACAGACUUAUCACAAGUUUGAAUUGAAUUUCACCCUUCAUGAUCAUUUUCACGUUAUAGGCUGCAAACCAAGGAGCAAAGUUCAAAGGUCGCAUUCUACAGAUUUCAUGGCACAAGCCGAAGACUCCAUCCGUGUCCACAGAACCUGAGGAGUCGUCGUUGAAGGAUGAGGCCAAUAAGGUACGUUACUAUACAUCUCUCCCAAUACAUUUCCCGUUAUUAUAGCAUUUAGAAAACCGUGCCAUGUUAAUAAAUCAUAAUUCAAUGAACUGAUGACUGUGUUCUUUCAUUUCAUUCCUCCAGGAGGAAGUCAGCCCCUACCUGCUCAUGGAGGAAGACGACGAUGAGGAUGACGAGUACGAGAGUCGUUCAUGGAGGCGAUGA